CCUGAAAUCCCAGCUGAAAAAUGGAAAAUGGUCUUGGAAAAUGAAUGCUUUAAUUGACGAGCAAACCAACUGCCACACAGGUACACGCACAGAUCAAAUUUCAAUAUGCUAAUACCCAGAAAAAAACAGAAUAGAGACUCUGUGGCAGCCUUGUGGCAUUUUUAGAAUGCAAAUUAACGCUCGAGAUGGGAUUCAAAUGAAAAAUGCUCCUGGCCAGAAUAGAAUAUUGAUGUUAUCCCCAAGUACACCAGUUAGUUGCUGUCGUUGUGUGGUUAUCAAUAUGGCCAAUAUUCCAAUCCAUAACACAUCCACACACCAGCUGAGAUACAAAGAGCUACACUCGCAUAUUGUAUCUGCAUUUAUGAAAAAGCCGAAGUUGGGUUGGGGGAAAACGGCAGCUGAAACUAUCAAAAUGCAUGCCAAGAGGCAAACAAAACCAGGCAACACGAGCAGCCGCAACAUGGCAAACAUGAAACCGAAACCGAAAACUGUAACUAAAACUGUGGGGAAAAUCACCUCCCAAGCCACCCACACAAAUGCUUACUCCAGGCAGCCAAUGAAAACAAAAGAAGAACGAGCAAAAUUUGCAUGCAUAUUUACAAACUUUCGUUCGGAAAAGUCAAAAUGA